AAAGAAAUCUAGGGAAAAAAAAAUAUGGGUCCAAAUUGGCAGCCAUGGCAUGCACAUUUCACAGCAUAGGAGGAAAAUUGAGCUUUCUAUUAUUCCUCAUUUAAAAGGGAAUGAACAUGACACGUGGCUAAAAAUACCUGCAUCAACCCACCUUUGUUACUGGGACAGAGCCAAGCACGUCGCAGCCGUAUAUAAUAGGGCAUGCCCUAUUGCCUCUUCAUUCUAAUCCCUCUUUCUUUCUCUGCCCCUCCCCAAUUUCUCAGAUAUUCGGGAUUAAUACUCUCAAGCUCUUAUCCAUCAAAUGACGAUUGGUUCAGGAGGAUCCAGCGUCGUCGUCCCUCGCAACUUCAGAUUGCUGGAGGAACUUGAACGUGGGGAGAAGGGUAUUGGAGAUGGUACUGUGAGUUAUGGAAUGGAUGAUGGAGAUGACAUAUACAUGCGGUCUUGGACAGGAACCAUAAUUGGUCCACACAAUUCUGUACAUGAAGGUCGCAUUUAUCAACUGAAGCUUUUUUGUGAUAAAGAUUAUCCGGAGAAGCCUCCUAGUGUACGGUUCCAUUCACGCAUCAACAUGAUUUGUGUGAAUCAUGAGACUGGAGUGGUUGAAGCAAAGAAGUUUGGGAUGCUGGCAAAUUGGCAGCGGGAGUUCACAAUGGAAGACAUAUUGACGCAGCUGAAGAAAGAAAUGGCAGCCCCCCACAACCGAAAGCUUGUCCAACCUCCAGAAGGUACCUAUUUCUAGUUGGGAUGACACCCUGAAGAUAACUAUUCCGACUUGUGGAAGAUGAAAACGGCAUAGGCUGAAUCUCUCAUAUACCAGUACAUAGUUUCAAACAAUGUGUUUGAUCCAGUGAAAAUUUUAAAGGAAAAAGACUGAUGAUUGCCCCUCUCUCUUUGCUGCAUUGCUGUCUCUUGGAUCUUUGUUCUGUUACAAGACUCUUUUGAGUGGGAUUUUGUGUUGUGUGCUUACUGCAAAUGGAUCUAAAUCAGAGAUAAAAUGGUAAGCUUUGUUAGA